GACGACGACGACGACUCUCUUAUCUUGACGACUCUCUUAUCUACAACUAUAACAUCUUGGCGUGACGCAGUGUUUUUGAUCACAUCCAUCCAGUUCAUCUUUGCUCCGAGGCCCAAGCGCUCUUUAUAUUUCCUCUACCAUCGCGAUUUCGGUAGAACCGCGAGAGUCUCGUGAGAAAAACCCGGAAUUAUGGAAGAUUCACCUACCUGGCGACGAUGCGCCGUUUGCCCGGAGCCACCGGGAGAGAUACUGCGACCGGUGUCUCUGCCCGUGAAGACUUUAACAGGCCCCGGUCCCAGCAACUGCUCGGAUCGCGUUCUCCGUUCUCUCGAACAGCAAGUGCUCGGUCACCUUCACCCGGAGAUAUGCCAGCUAAUGGACGACAUCAAGGCGGGGUUGCGGUACGCCUUUCAGACCAGGAACAGGCUCACUCUGGCCCUGAGUACGUCCGGUCACGGCGGCAUGGAAUGUCGUCGAGGGGCCCCUCGGUUCAGUACGAUGCACGAGGAGUGA